AUGUGGGGCCCCAGACAUUUACUUUCGUUGUUGGAGCAGAAGGAGGACCUGAGGAAGCGUCUCUCGUACACGACGCACAAACUGGAGCUGCUGCAGAAUGAGUUCGACUCCACCAAAGUUUAUCUGGAAACAGAGCUGCGGCGAGCACAGGAGGAGCUGGACAAGUUCACAGACAAACUCCGCAGAAUACAGAGCGGAUACUCAGCGCUGCAGAGGAUCAACCAGGACCUGGAGGAGAAGAUCCACCGAGACACGCAUCAGGUGCCGGCCGUCGUGAACUGUGUGGGGAAGCUAACGAUAGCGGUGUUGUGUGUUAGCGUUAGCGCAGUUGUUGUGAUGACAGAGCUCAAGGCGAUGGUCCGUGUGAUGUUUGGAGACUCAGUGGGAAAUAACUCACUAGCUCAAUGCUAA